CGCGGCUCCACCCCUCACAUUUCAUUGGCCAAACCAGCGGAUUGGAAAUGGCAGGACUUAGGUCCUCGGCUGCGUCGUCUCAGCCUAUCAGACUUUGUGCCGGCUGCGGGGUACCCCAUAAUGGAAUAUAGCGCUAAGGAGGGAGUAUUCCGAAUAAACCUGCCAGACACAGUGUCGGUUCAAAGGUCGGUAGUGCUCUUGGAACAAGAGAAGUGUGUUGAUCAAUUCAUGCUAGCAGAAGCUGAUGAUAUUCCGGAGUUGUCUGAGGUUCCGGCUUCCUUGUGGGCUUCCCACAAAUACGAUGUGGGGCUCAUCAGGGGAGCAGAGCCUUUGGUGGUGCACCCCAAGUCUGAAUAUAGACCAUGUUUGAAACAGUAUCCCUUGAAAAAAGAAGCCAUUGAUGGCAUAACACCAGUGUUUGAGUCAUUGUUGAAAUCAGUUGUAAUAAUCCCUUGCAACUCCCCCGUUCGUACUCCCAUUUUUCCAGUAAAAAAGGUCCGUGGGGAGGGCCGACCUCCUGAGUGGAGAUUUGUCCAAGAUUUAAAGGCCGUAAAUGCUGCAGUCUACCAGAGGGCACCCGAGGUGAAAGCUGUGCUCCCUUCCCCAGCUGCAGCAGCCCAGCACCAUUUGAAGCCGGGAGACUGGGUGCUCAUUAAGGACCACAGACGAAAACACUGGAAGCAGAGGCGCUACAUCGGGCCUUUCCAAGUCCUCCUGGUCACAGAGACAGCGGUGAAAGUAGACGGGAGAGCACCUUGGAUACACGCCAGCCACUGCAAACGCAUCCUGGAGGUCCAGAGGGGAGGAGCUGCGUAGACCAGAGCCAGGGAACUGGCAGAGGUACAGUUGAACGCGUCGCCGGAACCUAGCACCUCGGUGAGAGGGGAGGAGUGCGGAUUGGACUCUGCCUGCACUCCGAGCUUCAAUAACCGUCAAGAACGGUGGGACUACUACUGUUACCUACUGUUAUCAUUAAGUGUGAUUGUCCUAAUCCUUUAUGACAUCUCUGACCUACAGGCCCGCAAUUCCAGUAAUUAUACAAGUACCAGCCCUCAUCUACGUCCCAAGAGAGAGUGGCGAGAGGGGAGUAUUACUUUCCAUUGUCCCACUGGCCGAUGUGGUAAGGACAAUUGCACAAUAUAUACAGUAGAAGAUGGCGCGGUGACUAACAUCCAAAGAGAGUUAACAGAGGUUGUGUGUGACACCCAAUCUGCGACCAAUAAUGUUUGCACUGUAUGGUUGCAUGAGGUGUUUGACCAUAAAUCAGAUUUUCCGUAUUGGUGCAGGAGAACCCGGGCUUGCCAAGAAGCUCCAGCCUAUGGCGCCCACAGCGAAUGGUACAAGACGUGCCAAGCCAGGAUACCGAAACCCGGCAUGAUCAUGUUUAAGUGUCCUGCGGGAUCAUGGGCAGAUCACGUGUGCCACAUAUAUGCAUUAGGACUCUCUGAACCCUUUUUUGGCCAUUGGUCUGAAUUAAAAGCAGCACAUGUGCAGACCCAGUGCGACACACAUGACACAUGCUCAGUGACUUUGAGUGCUAGAUUCGAUUCCAGCUGGGAAUACCCUACUGGUGCAGCAGACCUGACGAUUGUGACACCGAGCCAAAUUACCCAACUGACUUGUAUUGGAAGCCUGCAUGUAGAGUAAGCUUAGAAUUAAGAAAACUCCCCACCCGUGUUCCACCUUACGAAGAUCACAGCACCGCUUUAUCUAUAAUGACAGAGUCUGCACAUAGAAGUAACCUUUUAAUUUGUGGGAUUUGUCAACAUUUGCCCACUUCAUCUAAAUCUCCUAUGCUUGCUCCGGUUCCAUUCACGGGAGCAGACUGGCGUGUUAGGGGUGGCGAGUUAUAUCUGACCGGUUCAGGAAAAUGAUGAAGACUGCUACACACCUUCAUCACACGCAGCGCCCACCACGGGGACCCUCCAUCAGUACGAGGGUGAUAAAGGGGAAGUUAUACGCUUUGUAAUAAGAACAUUUAACUAUCAAGAACAUCCGACUGGCGUUAAUUGGGUAACUCUUUUUAAGUUAACAUAUUACAAGAAAUUUGUUUUACAGGGGCUGCGCUAUCAAAUGCAAAUGACUUUAGCUGAAACAAAUUGCACUACUGAAAGUACGUGGGUAAAUUCUGAAUGUGUCCUUUGACCAAAUACAGCAUCCAUCUGUCUCGAGGUAGGAGUGCAGAGUACACCAUGGGCAAAAAGGUUUAAGGUAUCCCAUUCAUCCUGGGUGAGGCAUAAUUGUACUCAACCCAUAAUUCCAAUUAGACCAAGUGAUAGAAAUUGUACUAAGCCCACACCUCCAAUUCCAGUACAUCCACAGACCAACGUGGAUCUCUGUUUUCAUUUUAGCACGAUAGAAGGGUUCUUCUUGGGUAAAAGUGAUUGCACAAAGCAGGUAGUAUCCCUUUCCAGUGCAACGGAAGGUCUUGCAUUACCAGAGCAGGCUCAUUUGGUCUGUGGUAACUCUGCUUACAGUUGCGUUCCAAAAAUAGGGACGACUCUCAAGAAACCUGUCACUGGGACAUGUUAUUUAGCUUAUCUAAUUGCUGUUAUUAGGCAGGCUGACCCCAGAGAGCUUGCGCCCUAUCACAUACGAGACAAGCACACCAUUUCUAUGGCGUCCAGAAUCCCGAGCAUCGAGAUACCAGCAUAUGGCGUUUAUAAAAGUCAAGAAGAAAUAGCCGUGCUCUCAACAGUGCUUGAGAGACACAUGAAUAAAACUACCAUUGCGCUCUCUGCUAUGCAACCGGAACUGACUGAUAUCAGAGGCAUGGUUCUUCAGAAUAGAAUGGCUUUAGACCUGAUUUUGGCCUCCCAAGGGGGCGCGUGUAAAGUUCUGGGGUCGGAGUGUUGUUCUUACAUUUCAGAUGCUUCCUCUGCGGUGCAUGACGUGGUAGCAGACACUGAACGGGGUAUUCAAGAACUGCACGAAGCUCUGCUCUGUACUUGUACUCUUGAUAAAAAAAAAAAAAAAAUUAAUUCUGUAAAUUGAUUGUCAGAUUGACAAAAGGGGGGCUUGCAAUGGGAAAUGUUUUAUUUCUUUUUAUUCAUUGCUACUUAUCACUGAUUAAACUUGUUGAACUAUGUUCUUGUAAUGUAAAGGGAUGCUAUGUUUUCUGAACUUAGGAUUGUUUGAAUGAACCGUAUGUACUGAUUAUAACAAAUAAAUGCUGGUCUGAACCGGCUGUACAUUUGUGCAGAUUCGUGCUGACGACAACGGCUACGUGACC